AUCUUCCACGCAACCCAUCCGUUUCGGCCGAUACCUUGCAGGUAAACUUCUUCAUUCUUAUAAGCAAAUCCAAGCUUUUCCCCUAGUUAGAUAUUUUGAUUUGACUUUCAAAAUAUCCAUAUACUUUGCGCUUCUGGGAGGUGGCUGGUCACAGUCUCUUGUUCAGCUCUUUACCCACACUACCAAUGAUGUGUUUUCUUUCAUUGUGAUCCGAAAGUCGACAGGAAGACGACUUUUCGAUACAAGUUUGGGUUGGUUGCUGUUUAAAAUUACCAGAUUGAGAAAAAAACUUUUUAAGCACGACUUUACAACGUACACCACAUGGGGUAUGCUUGCAAGAGAUGAACCUCCAAGUUCAGCUGGUCUGAUUACCAAGAAUCUCUAUGGUAAGUGGUAAUA